CUUAUACAGAGUCGGAGAGAGUCUUAACUCAUUUCUGUACGAUGAAUAUUGUUGGUUCAGCUUUAUAGUAUUGUCAUUGUUAUCGAAGUAGCAUUGCGUUCAUUGUGCAGAUCCACAACCACAGAACGAACCGAUUCAGGAUUGAACAGAGAAAACACACCCCAAAAUUGGAGAAGGAUGUCAUCAUAUACGAAUUUAACAGACGGUACGGAGCAUAAUAUCACCAUCGAAGAACUCAACAGACAACAAGUUUUGAUAAGACUUCCGUUUACUAUUCUAAUUACAUUAACUAUGACCACGGGUUUGGUUGGAAAUAUCUUAACUAUUUACGUUUAUGGAUUUCGUUUAAAAUUUUCACCAACUUAUUUCUUUGUCGUGAUGCUAGCUUGUGCUGAUUUGAUAAUAUGUGCCUGUGUGACACCAGCUCGUAUUGCCCAAAAUAUUUACCCUAUGAUGACAACCUGGGAUACACUGUGUCAGUUCCAUUUGUGUUUGGCAGUUUUCACAGGACUUUGUAACUAUGGUUUUCUACUGGCCAUUGCAGCAGAGAGAUACAGAAAAGUAUGCCAACCACUGAAGUCUCAGAUAACAAUGAAAGCUGCGAAAAUCAUCACAGCCUGUAUUUUUAUUUUCUGUGCAACACAGGGAUUUAUGACUCUUCUUUACUAUGGAAGUGUCAAGAAACCAACUAAAUAUUCUGGUAUCUAUUUAUAUUUUUGCUCAGCAAAGGACGACCACAAUCCUAAUUAUUACCAACUUGCAUUCUUUGGUUUAUACAAUCUCCUAGCAAUGGUUACGAUUGUUAUUCUCUUUAUUCUGUACACCAUAAUUCUUCGACGUAUGAAGGUUAUGGAGAAAACAAAAUGUGUCAAAUCACAACAAAAUAGAAAUAGUGCUACAAGCAUUCCCUAUCCCGAUGAAAUUCAACAGAAGUGGUUUAACAUACCAAAAAUUGUUGAUUCUAAUCGAUUACCUUCGAAUCUUUCUACAGAGGAAGUGGAAUUAUCUAAUACCGACAUUUCAUCUAAAGUUUCCUCGGAUGAAAUAUCAAAGGUAUAUACGAAAAGUACUGCGCCUCUUAGGGCUAAACUACGGGAAGCGAACAACGAAAGACGAGCAAAAGAACAAGCCGACAGGAUAAAGCGUACCACUAUAACGAUGAUGAUGAUUACUGUAGUCUUUAUAGUGACUUAUUUGCCUAGCUUUGGCGCCAUAAUGAUAAAUUCGCUGAUGAAGUCAUUAAAUACGACUUCGGCAACAUCAAUUUUGUAUUGGUUCGCACGACACAGUUUUUACAUCGGUUCCUGUACAAAUCCCAUUAUCUACAGCUGUAGGAACCAGAAUUUUAUAGACGAAAUUAAAAAAAUGCUCAGAGUGAAACAGAAAUAAAUCAAAACAGUUAGGUCACAUCAGUAAGAAAUAUGUAGGAUACGAAAAGUUACGAAAAUUUAACAGAAAUUCCUCACCGAUACACAGCUUCUUCUUCUUCUACUACUACUACUACUACUACUACUACAACAACUACUACUACUACUACUACUACUACUACUACUACUACUACUACUACUACUAUUACUACUACUACUUCUUCUUCUUCUUUUUCUUCCGCUUCUUCUUCUUCUUCUACAGUCUCACUUGCUAUAAUAUAUAAAAAGCUGGGUAUAAACAGAAAAUUAAAUAUAUUAAGCAUGAUUUAGAUACAGCUAAUAAUAACCAUAAACAUGUUCGUAUACCUUAACAUAACUUUAAUAGCAAUAACCUACCGACCCAACCACUGCAUAAUGCUAUGAAUACUGAUAACACAGUUAAUAGAUCACACAAUAAAUAUAUAUUGAACAAAGGGAAACAACAUAAAAAUACAGUCGUAUAAACUAAAAAAAUAGACCUGAUGACCAACGCUAAUAAUUAUAUUGGCAAUAAAAAUAGAAACGUGCAUAUCAUACACCCAAAGAAUAUUAAACAUAAAGCAAGUUAUAACAAUAAUCACAAGGAUAAAAAUAAUAUAUUUGCCUCCGCCAAAGUCAUUAAGAACAUCAGUCAAUCAAACAAUUUUAAAAUUAUAUACCUUAUAUUAAAUCCAAAAUGGGAAACUUUCAUAAUCCAAAUUCUGGUAAUAAUAAUAAAGGAAAAUGUUAUCUGGCUAAAAUGUUAUCUAUUUCGCUAAACAAGUAAAAACUAACUUGAUCGCCGUUAUACGCCGGUUAAUAAAUAAACAUUUUUUUCUAAUAAAAACAAAUAUAGUGACUUAUUCAACAGCAGAUGUUUUCGAUAUGGUUUUUCUGUUACUCGUAAUUUGAGUAGAUAUAUUUCCGCUCUAAAUUCUGCUGGAUUAGAUAAGUUUUAUGCUGAAUGUAUGCCUAUUCUUCUCCAUAAUAAACAAAAUAACAAUGUUCCAUUCAUACAUGAGCAGGUAGGUACUCCUCCAACAUCGUAAACUAACGAAUUUUCAAUAUUUGAAUAAUGAAUUGUUUUUUUAGAAAAUGUAUACAUUUGUUAAAAUGAUUUUUUUUUUUUUGGUCGUUCAAAUUAUUUUAAAUAUAUCUGGAAG